CAUCCUUGAGGCGGGUGGAGGGGCCUUCUGCCCUAUCCUGUUGGUCGCUAUAAGCGCAACCGAACCUUCGGGAUUGGUCGUCGUACUUCCCCCUUUCUGUUCAAGGCCUGCCUCCUGCGGCCCUAGGCUUUGGUCCUCAGAUAGACCAUGGCCCUGAGAGCGUGUGGCUUGAUCAUCUUCCGAAGAUGCCUCAUUUCUACGGUGGACAAACCUAAAAUUGAGUUUCUACUGCUGCAGGCAUCAGACGGCAUUCAUCACUGGACUCCUCCCAAAGGCCAUGUGGAACCAGGAGAGAAUGACUUGGAAACAGCCUUGCGGGAGACUCAGGAGGAAGCGGGCAUAGCGGCAGACCAGCUGACAGUCAUUGAGGGCUUCAGAAGGGAGCUCAGAUAUGUGGCCUGGGAGAAGCCGAAAACAGUCAUCUACUGGCUGGCCGAGGUGAAGGACUACAAUGUGGAGAUCCGACUCUCCCGAGAGCACCAAGCCUACCGCUGGUUGGGGCUGGACGAGGCCUGCCAGUUGGCUCAGUUCAAGGAGAUGAAGGCAGCUCUCCAAGAAGGACACCGGUUUCUCUGCUCCACAGCAUCCUGAGCUGACCAGAGUGGAGUCAUUUACCUCAGGAGGAUCCUCGAGGGCCUCCCGAGAUGAACACGGUCAGUUCCAGGGAAGGUUGUGUGGGUCUUGGGCUAAUGUAGCAAAGAACAGAUCGAUGAGUAAAAUCAGCUGAGAACUCUCAGAGGAGAGCAAACAAAAGCUUCAGCUGGGUGCAAAGAAGGCAAAUGAGCAGUUUAAAAAAA